UUUUAUUAAAAACGAAGAAGAAGAAGGUUCCUUCCGCCUUCGUCGUCUGACGUAACUUCCUUUCUGUCCGUGCUAACCUCGAAGUGAACACGCGCUCACCGCCUAGCUCAAAAUGCGUUACGUUGCUGCUUACCUGCUCGCUGCCCUCGGAGGCAAUGGCAACCCUGCGGCCAAGGACAUCAAGAAGAUCCUAGAAAGUGUUGGCAUUGAGGCCGAUGACACACGCAUGAGCAAGGUCAUUUCUGAGCUCACAGGCAAGAAUGUGGAAGAGGUGAUCGCCACAGGUUACGGUAAACUGGCCAGCGUGCCAGCAGGUGGUGCUGUAGCCGCUGUUGCCUCUUCUGCGGCUCCUGGCUCAGGUGGAGCUGCUGCCCCCGCAGCUGAGGAGAAGAAGGAAGAGAAGAAAGAUGAGUCUGAGGAGUCCGAUGACGACAUGGGAUUCGGCCUGUUCGACUAAACUUUUCCAAAUAUGAAUAAAAUUUAUAAAAAACACCAAA